AUGCUGCCUAGUAUUUUUAUUAAAAGCUAUGCCCGGUGCGUUUUGUGGCCUUUAGCGAGAAGUCGAGUGAAACAGUCUUCUUUUCGUACAUUCACAUAUCUGCAUUCUCAAUUGAAUAAUUACAAGGAUGUGGAUGAUGAAGCAGCUCACAAGCAUUUAAAUUCCACUGGGAGAUCCAUUCGGAAUGACUCUGGAGGUGAUAAACGAAAAGCAUUACAAAAGUACAAUGACUUAGAGGAGAAUAAGGACUUCGAUCGUGCGAUUAAGAAACUUAAAAAUCUUGUGAAGGAUCAAGAGAACUUAUAUUCGGAAGCAGGCACAUUAAAUAACAAAGGAAACAAGAAUUUGCGAAAUAAGAUGACUAACGAUGAUGCUGUUGUGGAUGAACAACAAAAGAGCGCCACAGAUUCUGAAAGCGAAACACACACGGAGAAUGUUAGUGUCGAGAAGACCAAUUUACCGUUGAAAGAUAAAGUAACAAGCUUUAUUAGAUCUGUAAUUAACGGAGAAAAUUUUAGACAAUUAAAAGAAGAACUGACUAAAUUUAGCAAAACAAGGGCUAGAAAGCAGGAAAAGUAUAAGCAGAGCAUCAGUAAUCGGUUAGGCCAGGAUGUUACGGAAUUGAAGAAAUCAAUUGGAAUAGCUUCACGUGUGGUGAACGAUGUGACUGGAUAUAGUAAAGUGAAUGCUUUGAAGGAGAAAAUUGCCAAAAACGAUCUAGAAUUGAAAGUACUUAGAGAGGAGAUCACGAGAGCUAAAGAUGAUUUCUCCACUGCUAUAGAGAAAAGGUCUGAGUCACAACGAGAAAUGAACGAUUUGUUAGAAAGAAAGAGUAGCUGGGUACCAACAGACUUGAAAAGAUUUACUGAGUUGUACAUGAAUGAGCAUGAAUUAGAACGCGAAGUAAAGCUGAAGAAAAUACGGUUGGAUGAACUGGACCAGAAGAAUGAUGAAACGCACGAUAACCUCAUUAAAUCGAUUAUGGAUAGAUAUCAUGAAGAACAGGUAUGGUCAGACAAGAUACGUCAAUUUUCAACGUGGGGAACUGUACUAAUUAUGGUUUGUAACUUGCUAUUAGUUUUUCUUGUGCAAUUGGUAUUCGAGCCGUUUAAAAGAUACAGGCUUGUGCGCUCUUUUGAGAAUAAAGUGCGGGAUAUUUUUGAUAGAAACGAGGAGAUGGAGUCCGAUCUUAAGAAGCUUAAAAAUGAUAUGGACAGCGGCUAUGAUACAUUACUUGGUAAGAUUGAAGAAAAUCAACAAAAUAUUGUUGAGAAACUCCCAGAACAGAACAUAACUGCUAGAAUCCUACCAGACGAUUUGUCAUUUGUAUCCAUAAAACAUUGGAUACACUUUACCUUCGGUAAACUUCUCAAUCCUUUACAUGGUUCGGGCUCAGAAACUUUUACAAUGACAGGGUAUGACAUACAAUACUUCGUAUACUUUUUUUCAAGCCUGCUUCUUCUUACGGGAUGCUUUCUGGGAAGACUUCUUUAA